GUAUACCGUUCCCUCAGGCUGUUCUCUUAAUCCACCCUUGUACUCAGCUUCUCCUCUCCAGACCUCCUUCUCCCUCCCCCUUUGCACCUUUCUCAGCCCAGACCUCAAUCACGAACCGAAUCAUACCAUCUCCCUGUUGCCAUUUCAAUCUUUUCUCGAUUUCAUGUUGUGUCUUGUCCAUGUAUUUCCUUCGAACGCUUUCAACAUCAGGCUACAAACUGUUGUACACGGGACUAGGGGCCAAAGGACUAGACUGCACUGCUCAAUCCUACUGGGUCGGAUCAAUUUGGGGCCGACGAACCCGAUGAAUAUGUCAGCAAAGACGGGUUUGAAGAUGGUAGCAUAUGCCUUUGGAACCGAUGGUGAGAAGGAGGCAAUGGCCAGGAUCCCGGGUGAAUUUUAUUGGCCGGCUCGCUUAUCAAGAAUUACUGCUACCUGUUGGACAGCCCUCUCUACCGCUGAUGAUGAGACCGACGCCAUUGAAGCCAAUCAAGAAUUACUGAAUAUCCUCAACAUCGAGGCUCAUCUAUUUCCUCUUAACCUGGCAUCUUCCCCCGCCCUUUCGAUCAUCAGUCAAUCGUUCGUCUCGACAAGUUUCACCUUGAUGCUCCUUAUCAUCUUCUUCCCGCUCUCACAGUCGACACCUUGGGUCAUUCAACCCAUUCCCUUCAUUAACCCAUUCCCUUCAUCAACCCAUUCCCUUCAUCAACCCAUUCCCUUCAUCGAUCCAUCUCCUACCUUGAAAGGGGUCUCUCCAAGUCUGCUAUUGAUCGCUAUAUCCUGCAGUUCAUUUUCGUUUCUCACACAUCCUCGGGUCAUGUACCGGGACUCACUCUCGAUCUGCACGGGGCAAACAAACUCAGAGGUUUUCUUGCGAUCGUCUAUCGACUCACAUAGACCGUGUGAAAUCUCAGGCCCAUUGAUUCACAAGCUACUAGGUGGAUGAAAGGUAUUCGUUCGACUUGUGAGUCCAUCCCGCCGAUCGGAUCAAACAG